AGUAGCGAGUCUGGCAUGGUGCGCCACAGUGCGGCUUCCACCAUCAACAUGUUCAAACUGCUGGUACUGAGUUAUCUGGUGGCCACCGUCCUGGCUGGACCCUUUCACCUCCCACCCUGGAUACGAGAUGGCUGGAACCGGAGACCUCCACGUGGCUGCGCAGACCGCGCGGCCGGCUGGGCGGCGUGCGCGCAAGUCAACGGCACGGCCGCGCUCGCGCCGCACCCGCACGACUGCCGCCUGUUCUACUACUGCAGCGCCGUGCUGCGCCCCGCCUGCCGCCGCUGCCCCUUAGGCCUGCACUUCAACCCCGAGCUGCAGGUGUGCGACUGGCCCAACAACGUCAACUGCACGGCGACGCCGCCACCACGCCCACGGCCUUGCCACAACGCAACAACACCUGUUCCUUCUACUGAUGCUCCUUCAAGUGUCCCUCCGGCUACCGACGCGCUUUCAACUGGCGCUCCUACCGACGCCCCUUUUACUGGCACUGCUUCUACUGAUGCUCCUUCAAGUGUCCCUCCGUCUACUGAUGCUCCUUCAACUGACCGUCCGUCUACUGAUGCUCCUUCAACUGACCGUCCGUCUACUGAUGCUCCUUCAACUGACCGUCCGUCUACUGAUGCUCCUUCAACUGACCGUCCGUCUACUGAUGCUCCUUCAACUGGCACUCCUUCUACUGACGCUGUAUAAACUAAUGGUCUUAUCGAUUCUGCAUCGCAUUAGUCUUAAAUUACAACUGACGUGGUUUCUACAACUGAAUGGGACAUCAUAUCAGCACUGCAGCUUAGUAAAAAUCAUGACGAAAAUAAACCCCUCUAAACAGGAUUGAAUUUUAAACUAUUCAAAUAUUUUAUAAACAUUUGCUUUUCGUAGAUUAAAUUGGUAUUGUUUUGGUGUAACACUCUAAAAAUGCUUUUGUAAAGUGUAACUCUAUUUGUAUAAUGUUAUGAAUAAAACAAGUUUGAGAACA